AUUUACAGUAGAUGCUGCUACACAUGUUGUCAUUUACAUGUGUGGAGCUUCUCAAACUCCAUCUCUGCAUGUUGCUGGGAGUUUGGGUUUAUCAUCUGGGAACGCAACUGCGCCAUUUCAUCAGAUUUGUAAGUGUGUAUCUCCUGCCCGCCUGUCAGACAGCCAGCCAUCUCCACGUUCUGUCAUGGGACAGGCAUUAACAAAGACCUGAAAAAACCCAUUACAGACGUAAAGCGAGUGUGUCAACACACACAGAAUAACUACAGCGUAAAAACUUUCACUAUCACAGAAACAGGAUGUCUGGUGCAAACAGUGACCUUCUACAUAGAUCAACUUUAAGUGUUUAUAAUAACCUCAUGGAUCAGUUUAAUCCUGGUUUACAAAAGUUGGUUACUUUAGGAAACAGCUACAUCAAGGCUUUUCAAGCUUUGGCUCUGACAAGUGAGGCCUACUUCAGCGCUCUUGCUAAGAUGGGCGAGCAAGCUCUCAACACAUUAUCAUCCAGAUCACUUGGUGAUGUGUUGAUUCAGAUAUCAGAGACCCAGCGGAAGCUGACAGCUGAAGUGGAGGGUGUGUUCUGCUGGUUCCACGUGGAGGUUUUGCAGGCCAUGGACAAGAAUGUGAAGCUGGAUGAGGAAUACAUUGAAGGCAGCCGUAGAGUCUAUGAACUGGAGGUAAGGAAUCAGGCUGCAGCACUGGAGCGACAGCUGAGACGUGGUGCGUUCAGAGACUCACUGGAGGGCAGUGAGUACAUGCAGUACCUGAGGCAGAGCCAGCAUGAAAUUCUCAAAGAGGAAGAAAGGAGAUAUCGCUUCCUUGCUGAAAAGCAUUGUGGACUUACACAGUCACUACUAUACCUUAUCAACAAGACGGGAGUAUCUCUCCAGCAGAGAGCAGAUGGUUGGAAAGAAAAAGUCAGUGAGAGCAGAAGUUCCAGACCUCGAACACCCACUCCAUCAGAUCAAGAAGCUCAGUUAAAGAGUUCUCUAGGCUUUUUGCUACAGACUGGAGACCGAGAAAUGGACCGUGAGCCGUUGGGCAGAGUGCCCUCUAGAGCCCCGUCUCCUCUCCCAAGUCGUUCUCGCUCCAGCUCUGUGGGCGAGUCUUUGGGUCUAGGUGGCGGCCGCUCAAUGAGGGCCAUUGUGUCCCAUCCUGCUUCAUCCAAUCCAGUCCUGCUGCCAUUUACCCGUGGUGACAUGGUGACUGUGCUUAUACCAGAACCACGAAAUGGGUGGCUGUAUGGACGCCAUGACUCAAGCCUCCGUCAAGGCUGGUUUCCUGCUGCUUAUGUAGCAUCCACUGAAGACUUUCUACCUUUGGGCUCAAGCACGUCGCACCGAAGUCACAGCAUGAACAACCUCUUGGAGCCAACCAGCCAAUCAGAAUAUUCAGACACCCAAGGCUACAGUGAAAUCCCAUCUCCAGUGGUACCUAUGCGUCGCGCGUCAGCUGAUCUUCGCCCAAUCUCUCCCCUCCCUGAAAAAAAGGUGGAGUCUAACAACGAGGUCAAGACCAGCCAGAAAAUCUACCAUGAGAUUCCGCCCCCAGCUGCACCGCUUCGUCGUGGAUCAGCCGACAUACGACCGAUAUCUCCUCUUCCUGACAGGAGGGCGGAGUCUCAUUUUGAAAGCAAAGUUGAGCACAAAAAUUUUAAUGAACUCCCGUCUCCAGCUCCGCCCCUUCCAAACUCUCCUCUCCCUGAGCGAAAGACCGAAUCAACCUCUGAGAGGCCAACCACUCAUGGACAACCACCAGAACAUCCUCUUUUUCCCAGGGGUUCGAAUCCCUUUGCCACCGUGAAGCUCCGUCCCACAGUCACCAACGACAGAUCAGCACCACGAAUCCACUGACAGUAACUGUCCCAAAUCAACAUCACCUGCACUCUGACUGGUUCAGAGUCUGUUCUAAAUGUCUCAAUUUGUUUAUAAGUAUACAGUUUAAGUCAACUUUAUCAUUGGAAUGAAAAGAUAGUUUAAACUUAAUUUAAAUGCAUUUUUAAUGUAGUAUUUAAAGGGAUAGUUCACCCAAAAAAUCAAAAUUCUGUUAUUAAUUACUCACCCUCAUGUUGUUCCAAACCUGUAAUACCUUUGUUCAUCUUCAGAAGAUAUUUUUGAUGAAAUUCAGCUAAACUAAGAUACCAAAAUCUUUUAAAAGGGUUAUAUUAUUAGAAAUGGAAUUAGACAUACUAAAAAAAAAACAUCCUCCAAAAAGGCCAAACGUUGGUCUCUUGGGCCCUUUAAAUUUAUAAUAAUGUCAUAUUGUGUUGAUUUAUGGUUUUUGAUUACCAGGUUUGUUUCCAUGUGUGCAUCAGGAAUGUUGUGUUUUGGAUAGCUAUUAUAAUGUGUACGUUUUUUUGUGAGUGUUUUUUAAUAGGCUUAGCACACAUUUUAUAGAAGGUUUUUGUGUUUACGCGUUUAAGGAAAAUUAUUUAUUAUUAUUUAUUACAAAGAAAAAAAAUCAUGUACGUAUAUUUGUUAUUGUGUAUUACUGUGAUUAAUUAAAAAGAAAAAUAUACACAAAAUAUACACUAAUUCCCUCAUGCCACUGGUACACUCAUUUGUGAUGUAUUUAAUUAACUGUUUGCCAUUUUAUAUAAUUAAAUUAACAUCCGCAGAUCAAAAAGUUUGCUCCACUUUAUGCAAAG